AUGGCCCGAAAAGCAACAGCAGCUUCUGUCCCAGGAAGCCCUCCAAAACGAAUUACUCGGGCUAGGGCAGCUCAAAAUACAGGGAUUUCGGACGCACCGGCUAUGGCAGUUCAAAACGAGGCAGUGGCAGCCGAUAAAAAAGCAGCUCCGGCAAGAGGAAGACCGAGGACGAAGACAACAGAUACCCCAACAACGGCGAAACCAGCGUCAAGGCGAAAGCCUGCCAAUGCGACGACAUAUGCGGACGGGGUCGAACCCCAGAAACAACCAGCCAAACGAGGAAGAAAGAAAACAAAGGAGGUGGCCCAGGAUUCCAGUGCUUUUGAUGGUGAUUCUAGUGACGACGAGAUGGACAUUGUCACCGUUAAGCCAAAAUUGAAAAUGGCAUCUUCUAGUAAAACAGGGUCUGUCUCAAGAGUUGCGGCUGGGACGGAUAGGAAAGCUGCCCUGAUCCAUACAAAACAGAGUCAAGAGGAAUCCGGGAAUUUCGGCGACGGCGACGACGACGACGACGACGAACUGGCACAGCCGGGGCCGCCGAAGAGACUGCAAGGAAGACCAAAGACUACCUCAACUACGAGGAAGAGUAAAGCUGUAGCUACCGGAAACUCCCAGAAAGCCCCAGUUGGACGACCGAAGAAGGCCAUUGCUGUGACAGCAGACGAUGAUACUAAGGGUACCAGCAAGACGAUACAUAUUUCAGCAGCGUCCCUAACAGCCGCGUCGGCUACCUCCAGAGCUCGAACAACAGUUGCCACAGUCCCAAGGAAAAAAGUUACCUUCCUUGACAUGGUUACAGACUCCGACAAAGAGAACCAGCCAAUCACUUCAUCGACAGCCACUGAUCCAAAACAAAAAAUUAAAAUUGGAAUUAAAUCUAAGCCAGUUCGAAAGACCACUACAUCACCUGGCGAACGAGAUUCUGCUAGUAUUGCAACGGAGGAGAGAAAGAAAGAGCCUCUCUCUCCGAAAAAAGUCACUCAAGUUGCCAGAUCCGGAUCCUCUGCUAGUUCGGCCGAUGAUGCUGAAGAUGAUGACUUGAGCUCGCCUCGACCCCGGAUUCCACGCCACAAUGGAUCUCCGAUUAAGCGAGAUCCACAUAGGCCAUUUAAUUCCCCUGUUAAAAAGAUCGAUUUUGUAUCUCCUACUAAACCGUCCUCACAAGGAGCUUCUCCACCGAGAAGCGCUCAAUGUGAGCAAACCUUGUUCUCCAGUGCCAUACAGGAAGCAAUGGCGGGUUCAGUAGUGUUAUCUUCACCACCAAGAAGGCUUCCCCCAUCACCAUACAAGGAUUCAAUGAGAGAUUCACCUCGACGUGCUCUAUUUCAGCCUAUGGGAUUGUCGUCUUAUUCUGAAACACAGGAUAUGAAAGUGUAUUCACCCUUGAAAAUCUCACCCAAAAAAGGCAGUCUUGGUGUAUCCUUACCCCAGUCACCAUUCAAGUCCAUAUCAACUCAGCCCCAGGACAAAUCGACCUUACUACAAAGCCCGGCGAAACGGCCAAGCUCCCCACUUAAGUCUUUGGGCAGCAGCUUAAUAAACGAGACACAAAUUCGAGAAUCUACAACUCCUUUAACAAUUGAAAACACUUCCCUCUGCCAUAUCAAACCAUCUGCAGUGCCGGAAAAACAUGAAUCUCCCACAAAGCUAUUCGAUCAAGCCAUCAAGGAAGAACUCAAUACUGAUAGCGCAUUCGCCGAUUACCCUCUUGAUUGUGAAGUGGAUGUUUUUGUAGUAAGGGAUUCAUCGGGAGGGCUCGGCGGAAAUUCCUAUCAUCCGGUUCUGGAAGAUGCCAGCAAUGUUAGCCCUGCUGGGUCUCCUGCACAGGGUUUGGAUGACCCGUUUGUCAUUUCAGAAAUCCUGUCAACACCGUCUAGCUGCGUGAGUGGAUACGACAUUUGUCACCUAGAUGCAAGUGUCAGCUCAGCAAGGGAUUGCAUUCCACCAGCAGCGCCAUCCCCUCCAAUAUUCACGAACAGUCGCGCUCCGUUAGUGUACCGUGAUGACAUAGUUGAAGAAUCUGACGACGAACUAAUGAAAGACGCCAGCCCAUUAAAGCCCAAUAAUGAUCUAUCACGACGAGACACACUGCUUGGUGCGACUGCUGAAUAUGAUAUGAGCGAUAUUGACCGAUCGGAAGAGAAAUUGGGAUUUACUCCCUUGGCCGAGCGGCUAAGCCAGUGGGGUGCCAUCAGCCCAGUGAAACGGCGGUCUUCCAGGGUUCAAAAUCGAGGGAUAUUUUCCCCUCUAAAACCCGGUGAGCUCGUUGACCAUGGUAGCCAUGCUAGCGAAAAAGAUAAUGGACUUGAACAUGUACCCCAGCCACUUGCACUUAGAUUGUCUAUUGCUUCCGGAAUUCCAGGUUCUACUUUAUUUGAGGAUGGAGCUGUCGUUGCUACCGAGUUAGGCAACGACAUGGUCAGAGAGAAGUGUGACAAAACUACGAACAACAUGAUUGGCGAUGAUGCCAUGGACCUCGCGCCGGAGAUACUUGAAAACUGGGACGGCGACAAUCAGGCAUUCGGAGAUGAGAAUGCGGCUCCUUCUGACUCCACUGUUCCAAUCGAUCCACGACUCUUUGACGAGGAUGUGAACCGGAGUAAAAAUCUGGUCGAGAAGGCGAAUCCAAUCGUGCUUCCCAUGUCUGUCACUCCAGUUCGCUCCCGUGUGUAUCCUCGGACAAUUCAUACUGUCUCAAAAGUGCCUCUGAGACCUGACGGCGACGGUUCUGUGCUGAAAGUUCCACGCAAAAGGGUUAGAUCCCUUUCUUCUUCACCCAUAAAGAACUCAAGUCGACAGCUUGGAAAGACUAAAUUGCUACCGGCACUUUCUCCACAAAAAGCAAUGUUGAGUCUAAAGAAAAGCCGUGACGACAUAGCCGGAUGUGAAGCCGAAUCGGAGCAACCAAAUGAAACUCCUGAUAAAUAUAAUACCUCAAAGAGUACUCGAUCCUCCGAGAAGAGCGCAGCGAAGUCGCCACGCAAAUCAAACUCAGUUAAUGACAAAGUUCUCCAAGGAGCAGUUGUUUUUGCAGACGUCCACACUGCCGAAGGGGCUGAUGCAAGCGGCAUCUUUGUUGAACUCCUCACUCAAAUGGGGGCCAGAUGUGUGAAAUCAUGGUCAUGGAAUCCGCGAGCGAGCCUCUCUCCCGUGGAUAGCCUAGAUCCCAAGGAGGGCAAGGUGGGAAUUACACAUGUUGUCUUCAAAGAUGGCGGAGUGAGAACAUUAGAGAAAGUUAGAGAAGCUAACGGUCUUGUGAAAUGUGUGGGCGUUGGUUGGGUUCUUGACUGUGAACGCAAAGGCAAAUGGCUUGAUGAAAUCAACUACGGAGUGGACCUUAGGCUAAUACCACGGGGUGGGCAAAAGCGCAGAAAGAGCAUGGAGCCAAGAGCACUUAGUAAUUUUAAUGGGAGCAUUAUCAAGCUUGACUCGUCCACAUCGUCCAACGGCGGAAGAUGUAGUGUUAGCGAUCGCGAAACAUUCCAAGAGUUGAUGCGACUGUCACCAACACCACCAUCGUCAAGACGUGAAUCGAUGGAAUGGGACAGGGAGUUUGUUGCUUCAGAGUCAGAACAGAAGCAGUACCCAGCUUUCCCGUCAACACCGACAAAUCCUUCCCGGUCCGUGGCAAUGUCACAGAGUUCUGCAGUCGUAACACCUACAACUCCAGACUUUAGUUAUGCUUUCGAUUUUGAUGGUGCUUCGGCUCCAUCACCUAUAACUCCAUAUCAUCCCUCACAGGGAACCCAGUUGACUCAGCAGACCUGUCCCCCAAAACAGUUGAGACAGGGACUCUUCGGUAAUCACUCGUGCGGCGAUAGCCUGAUGAGCGAGGGGCUUAGAAUUAGGUUAGAAGCGGCUAGAAGGAGGAGUUUGGUUUGGAAACCAAAAGUUGGAAGUCCGCUUAGUCGUCCAGGAAUGAAAUUUUAAAUCAUAUUACGAUAUGAUUGUUACUUGGGGUUAAAGUGAGAGUUGUGUAACUUUUAUUUCGUGAGAUCUUUGUUCGGGUGGUUUAGCUUCUUCUCUCCUUAGGUGCCUCUUCUUGUACUGUACAGUAUUACUAUGUUCUCUGAGUAGUAAUCGCCUCUGCCUUAAU